CGUUGACGGGACGGCGGUCCGUGGCAUGGAGGACGAUCUAGCGUCUGAGGCGGACACCCUGCUUCAUUCAGAGAAGGAGUUCCACAAUGCGGCGAAGCGUAAUGACACGGCCAGGAUGGAGGAGCUCAUCAGGAGAGGGGUUGACAUCAAAGCCAAAAACAAUACAGACCGGAGUGCCCUGCAUUGGGCUGCAGGAGCAGGGAACAUGGAUGCUGUGCGACUGCUCCUGGAUCACGAUGUCCCAGUGGAUGACAAAGACAGUUUUGGAAUGAACGCGCUUCUCCUCUCUGCCUGGUUCGGCCACCUCCGUGUCCUGCAGAUCCUUGUCAAUGCUGGGGCCAAGAUUAACUGUGUCAAUAGGAAUGGCAGGAACCUGCUCCACUGUGCAGCUCAGAGAGGACACAUCCAGGUGGUGGAGUUCAUCAUGGAGGACCUAGAGGACAUGUGUGUGGAUGAGACAGACAAGAUGGACAGGACAGCAUUUCAUCUGGCUGCAGAGCAUGGGCAGCUGGAGGUGGUGGAGUUCCUAAUUCAACUGGGUUGUUCUCACAGUGCCAAAGACAAGGAAGAAAAUACAGCAUUGCAUUUAGCUGCUAAAAAUGGACACCUCUCUGUGCUGCAGAAGAUCAUAGAUGUUGGAGUGGACCUUGAUGAAAAGAAUUUAGAAGGACUCACGGCUCUGCACCUGGCUGCUGAGGGGGGCCACAGCGCCUGUGUGAGGCAGCUCUUGGAAGCAGGUGCUGAUAUCAAUGCCCAAACCCAGAAGAAGAUGAACUGCCUUCAUUACGCAGCACUGCAUGGCUAUGAGGAGAUGGCCAGGAUCCUUCUGGAUGCAGGAAUCCACACAGACAUUGUGAACCAUCAAAACUCUUCAGCAACACACAUUGCAGUACUACAGAACUUCCCAGCCAUGGUGAAGCUCUUCAUUGAUGCAGAGUGUGACCUUGACAUUCCAGAUAAUAGGCAGCAGACCUCACUCCACAUUGCUGCGGAGCACGGCAGGCAGGACAUUGCUGAGAUGAUCCUCAUUGCAGGGGUUAAUCUGAAGCUAAUAGACAAGCAAGGGAAAACCUCUCUGGAUGUCGCUGCCCGAGGCAAUCACAUCAACUUGGCAGACAUGAUUAUCAAAGCUGAUCGGUUUUACAAAUGGGAAAAGGACAACCUCAACAGUGACUCUGACUCCUGGGUGGCAAAGCACUUGACCUUUAAGCAAGAUCACAGGCUGGAGACGCAGCACAUCCGCUCGGUCAUAUGGAGGUUAGCUACCAAGUACCUCAAACCCGGAGAAUGGAAGAAGCUGGCACAUUACUGGAAGUUCACUGAUGCCCACAUUAGAGCCAUUGAGCAACAGUGGACAGGCACUAAAAGCUACAGGGAGCAUGGCCACAGGAUGCUGCUUAUCUGGCUCCACGGUGUGAUCACCACAGGAGAAAAUCCAAUCAAGGGACUGUACGAAGGCCUUGUGGGGAUUGGAAGAAGAGAUUUAGCAGAAAGCAUUCGGAAAAAGGCAAAUGCAGACUCUGCCUCGCCACGGAAGUGCAUUGCAAUGUAACAGUGGGAGGGCACCGCUCUGGGGUGGAGGUACAGGGGAGACAUUUGUCCUACCACUCAGAACGCAGCUGCAACCUAAGGGCUUCUUGUCAUCAACAGCUGGCAUCACUGUUAGUCUGAAACAAGUGCCCUCCUGCUUGAGCCGAAAUGUCAAGGGUUUUAGGCAAACACCAAUGGUCUAAAAUGCCCCUUUAUGCAGAUUUUUAUCAGCCCUUGCAUAGAGUGUGAGCACUGUAGCAGGAGCUGAGUGAGUGAGCCUUGCUUGGCACCAUGGGAGUUCCAGGAAACACUACAGUAGUUUACUGUACCUUGUUUAUAUCAACUUUUGUGUACAUAAAGUUUUGUCUAUUUAAUUAUUGAGGUGAAAGCCUUGGUGUUCAGGAAUGUUCU